GUGACCGAGGUCCCUCCUCAACGCCUUCCACUUGAAGUAGUUGUAGCUUCGGCAGCAGCUGCUCCGUCAAGUCGCCCUGUGCUGCUGCUCAACACUGACGGUCGAUGGAGAACUUCAAACAGUUCCUGGUCGCGUUGUCCUCCGCCGUGGUCGUCGGGAUCGUCUCCAUAAUAUUCGUGGCAAGAUGGGUUUGCCACUACAGGGAAGGGUUAGCCUGGGAUGGAGGACAGGCGGAAUUCAACUGGCAUCCGGUCUUGGUAGUCAGCGGAUUUAUUUUCUUGCAGGGAUUCGCCAUCGUUGUGUACAGACUCCCCUGGACCUGGCGGUACAACAAACUGUCGAUGAAGUUCAUCCAUGCAGGCUUGCACUUGCUAGCCUUCAUCUUUGCUGUCAUAUCUAUGGUGGCUGUUUUUGACUUCCACAAUGCUGCCAAAAUCCCCAACAUGUACAGUUUGCACAGCUGGCUGGGCUUGGCAGCUUUGAUACUGUUCUGUCUGCAGCUUGUUCUUGGAGUUGGCAUGUACUUGAUACCAUUUACACCUGCAUCCUGGAGAGCAGCGUUUAUGCCCCUCCAUGUCUACUCUGGUCUUUUACUCUUUGGCAGUGUAAUAGCUGUAGCACUCAUGGGCAUCACAGAGAAACUCAUUUUUGGCCUGAGCAACCCGAAGUACAAAGACUCUCCCCCAGAGGCAAUUUUUGUGAAUGUUCUGGGAGUCCUUCUAGUGGUUUUUGGAGCUCUUAUCCUUUGGAUUGCCACUCGAACCGCUUGGAAACGACCCAGUGAGCAGAUCUUGCAUACUCUGCAUACCAAUGGGGAAGCUGACGAAAACAGCAAAGUCGGUCCAUCCUUGGCUGAGCUAUCUGAUGCAGCUGACGCUGAGCCCGAUGGGGAUAUCAGGAGGAGGAGUUACAAAUUAGAUGAUCAGGAGAACUGAUGACAACAUCAAUGACUCUGAGUCGAUACUGUAUCCAGUGUUGAAUGUAUGUACACAUAAAGAAAUCUAUGUAUGCUGAUCAUUCCAUAUCACGUUCUAUUGUGCUCCUUUUUGUACUAGUUUUCUCUAACAUGUAUUGCAAUCUAAUGGCGAGAUACUUUAUAACAAGAUUCACGUGAUGUGGGAAUACUUUCUAUUGACACACACUUUUGACUUUUUCUAUACUCUUAAAUCCUUUGUAUUGUCUUUUUUUCAAAUUUGUCAAAACCUACAUUUCACAAUAAAUAUGUGCACCUUCUAAA